UCCAACUCUAAACCCGCUCAGGAAUGAGCAACGCUCGCCGAGCAGCGGAUAUGCGCCCGGUCUCGACAACUAUUUUAAUCGUUCCUGCGGGCGCUAUGCAUGCAGCUCCGCGUUGAUAACGCAUGCUUAAGCGGCUCGUCAGUUCACGAAGCGAAACAUGUAACAGAAUCCUCGCUGGUCCCGGCUUGAGAGGCGGCAAUAGUGAAGAGCAAUCAAUCACCGGACGCCUCCACCGUUAUUCGGUGUGUGUACAGGACAGUGAGCGCUGCUGAGGCAAGAGAACCGCUGCUCUAAUGCUACCCUGAACACACCGACUCAGCGCUGCUAUUUUAACACGGUAUCGUGUUUUCGACCAAACAUCAAAUCAGGUUUUACAGCGGGACAAGAUGUUCCAAGUGUUGGUUUGUGGCGUUGUGGUGUUCCCCGGUCUCUUCUUCACUUUUAGAAAAGUGCUCCCGUCCAUUUUCAAGCAGUGGACAGACGCCGACGUCGUGCUGGUCAGCGAGAGGCUGGUGUCAUCCAUUCACGCUGUUAUGGCCACCACAGCUGGCAUCAUCGUGGUGUCCUCGUGCAAAGGCAAUGUGAUUAUGGACCGACACUGGCUGGCCACCUAUUUUGUCAUUUGGUAUGGCGUUCCCUACAUGUCAUAUGACAUCUUCGCCAUGUACCUCAGCCAUUACUAUCGCUUCCGGGUCAAAGGUCACAAGGACUAUAAAAGCCACUCUCUACGAACCGUCAACUCAUUUGUGAGGAAAGAGUUCCUGCUGGUCCUCCAUCACAUUGCACUACUCACCAUCCUACUGCCUGUGACUCUGUUCUUCAGGAAGGACCAGGGUGAUUACUUCAUUGGCUGUCUCUUCCUCACAGAGCUCAGUACUCCUUUUGUUUCACUGGGCAAAAUCCUCAUUCAGCUGGGGAUGCAGGACUGCUGGCUGCACAAGGUUAAUGGUGGCAUGGUGCUGCUGAGUUUCUUCAUGUGCCGCAUCGCACUCUUCCCCUACAUGUAUUGGGCCUACGGCUCCCACUACGGCAUCCCGCUCUACAGCGUUCCCUUCCAUCUCCCGCUCUCCGCCAGCCUGGGCAACCUCUGCAUCCUGGCACCACAGGUCUACUGGUUUGUCCUCCUCUGCCGUAAAGGCUUCCGACUCUACAAGCGGCAACGGGAUGCGCAAAACCAGGCCUCUCCGCUGUCCUCUCCCGAGCCGGUCUCAGAUAUCUCCAAGGCUGAUUAGUGAAGGUCUGACCUUAUCUAGACCAAACAAUCAACAGACAUCACAGCUGAGGGCUACGGCACUGCAUCUGCUACUGUUACAAUACAAUCAAGAUUUCAUAUUAGAAAUACCCUUAUUACUCCUCUUCUCUUAACUCCAUCCCAUGUGCACACUCACAAUCACCCACUCGCCCGUUAAAAUGGCACUUCACUGGAUUUACUGCAGUGACUUCUAAGGAGUAUCUUCUAGGUCAGUUAUUGAGGGCCGUAACCUUCUUUUCCUUCUCUGAUUGGAGGAUCUGUUACAGUUUGGACUGGUGUCUUUGAAUGUCAUUCAAUUAUUUGUUACUUUUUUUAUCUGUUAUUUUUGGUUUCGUUUUUUUCCCAUGUGAAAUGCUGACUUACAAAAAUGCACUGGUUUAAACUAUGGUAUUUAUUAUGCGAGUGGCACGGCCGUCAUGAUAAAUUCAUUGAAUUAAACCCACAGCAUUUCAGAUCACAUCCCACUUGGCUCCAAGUUCCCAUCACGUGGUAAGCAUUUCCAUGGCUGCAGUGCUGCUGUUCUUGUUUACAGCUCAUUAGAGUUCUGUGAAUGUGUUUGCACACACACUGCCCUGCUGUGACUGUUUACACUUCUCUACCACACACCAUCCUUUAUGCUCUGGAGGCUGCUAAUGAAUUCUGCUUCACUUCUUUGGGCCUUUUGAGCAUCUGAAGUCCUCCCAUCCACAUGGGGGCAGUAGAGAGUCGGUCCUUAUGUUUACAUGACAUAAACUGGACUGGAGUCUAUAGGGGGAUGAGGUCUUUGCAGGGUACAAAGAGCAAGCACAUAACGCUUGGCAUAUCUUUUAGGCCACAUAAUGCCUGAGGGCAUCUCCAGGCAGUAGUCAAAGCAAUAACAUGGGGAUUCAAGGCAAGGGAUUGUGGGUAGUAUGAGAGCCCAUGUGAACACAUGGGUAAAUAUAGAAAAGCUGCAUGACAGCGUACUCUGAAAGCAUGUAUAAAUGAUGUAAUAAUAACAUAUCAGGCAAUUUUACAUCUGAGAUUUUCAUGUGUAGAAAAGCCAUCAGAAGUCUUUAAAAUUCGUAAUUUCUGUAGUCAGUAUCAUUUCUGUUGCUCUUCGGCUGAAUAUUUUUUGGCUAGACACCACUUUUUAUGAUUGCUGUCUACUGAAUAAUUUCUAGAAAACUGUAUCCAGAAAAGUCACUUUGAAAGAUUUGGGAACCCUGCUAAUUGUGUUUUUGAGUGUGAAGGGUGAAAUGCUCUAGAUAUGGGGCUUACAUUUUUAUCUUCAUAUUAACUGAGCCUACAGUUUGAGUUGUAAAUAAAUUCAGUUUAAUUCUACAUUGAUGAACAUUGCAGUAUCAAAGGGUGAUUUGCUGUUGCCUAGGGUCAUUUUAGAGAUAAUCUGUUGCUUAUAAGAGCUUGUGUAAGUGUAGGUUUAGCAAGGAACUCAGAAGCCUUUGUUUAAGGGCUUUUAACACAACCUGCAGCAUCUUUCAUAAUAGAUUUAGUGAAUGCUGGAUGCCGUAUGAAUGCAUCUGUAUGAUGUAUGAGUUUGUUUUUUAGCAGUGACUUCUAGAUUCCAUUAAAUGCUUUCAGAAGGGCAGAACUGUGUGAUUAAAAUGUUGCCCAGUACAUACCCAUGCACUCUUAUUUAGUGUUUCCAAGACAAACUGGACCUAUAGGUUGCCUUUAGCCAAGUGUGUGUGUGAGAGAGAGAGAGACAGACAGAGAGAAGACUUGUAUAAGAGUGUGUAUAAGCUCCCAGCUCACUCUAGGAGGUUGAACGGGGUCUUUGCUGGACUGAAAGAGAGAGGAUGUGUUUUGCUUUCCCUUUCUAUAGCUUUAGUACUUUUCAAAACUAAAUAUGCAGUCUUUCAAGCUGCUGCUUCUUGUCUAUGGCAACUCUAUGCUUUCCUUAGUUUUGCUGAUGCAUUUGGCUGAGUUGGCCAAAAUAAUCAUGAUGCAUGUUUUUUUUUAUUUUUUUUUUGUCUAUUGUGUUGAUGCGUUUGUUUACUGAUGUCUGUUACAGUACAUUUUUCCAUAACCAACAUUCUUUUCUUUUGUUUCUCUCAUUUUUCACUCUUAUGAUUUAGAGGUUAGGUUGCUUAUCAUGAGGCAUAUCCAUAAUCUAAUAAAUACACUGUAUGGCCAAAAGCAUGUAGACACCCAAAAGCAUCUAAAAUCAAAUAUAUGGGCAUUAUCAAGGGGUUUCUCAUUCUUUUGCCACUAUAACAUCUACAUUUUUCCCACUGUCGCACAAAGUUGGAUUCUGUUAAAUGUGACUUGAAUUAAGGGUCCUAGCAUUAAUAUUAUAAAUUCACAAACUUUUGGCCAUGUAGUGUAAAUGUAUGAACGGGUUUAUAUCCAGAAAUAUCAUAAAUCAAUACAUUUCGGCUUAUUUAUGCCA